GUUAAAGUCACUCUCUUAUUAACCAGAGCUUAAGAUACUAACGUCAACGGUUUCCUUUUUAUGUUGCUACAUCAGAAUAAACUAAAAGCUGGUUUGACAUAAAUAUUUAUAUAAGCAAAGAUAAAUACAUCAAUUGCUCAAAUUUAAAACUCCAUCAAGCUUAUCUUGAGUAGCAAUUAAGGAAACAAUUACAAUUUAAGAUAUUUUAGAAAAAAAUAAUAAUAGAUUAACUAGGAGUGCAGUAUUCCUGUCGCUACGCAGUAUUGUAGUCUUAUUAUGUAGUAAAAUAUUCCUGCAUGUAACAGUAAAGACUUGUCUUCUAUUCCUGGUAUAUGUACUUUAAUUUUUUUGGUUACAUUUCUCUCAAAGGCUUAGAUUCUUUGGCAUCCAGUGUCCAGCUUUCAAAUCAAAUUGAAGGAUAGUGAUCACUAGCGAAGCAUACAGCUGUUAUUUUACGCGAUUGCGUCGGGGACGAAGAGACAGUAGACCGCAUUCUUUGCGAAUGUCGAGUUCUGCAUGAAAGUCACGGAUUUGAGAGAGAGAAAACUUGUUCGUGUGAGGCAUUAUUACUGUCCUUUAAGGGGGCAAGGCGACCUUACAACUCACUGCCCGCUUCCUCUAAGGGAGUAAUUCUCAGCAUGGUUUGUUACCAAUGGGGUUUCUGAUUCGGUAUAGCUCUUCUAGAUUUUCUAGUUUGAUCAUGGCAGCGGAUGGCAAGUUUAGGUACAUUGUGGAUGCAAAUUCAUGAGACGUUAAACAACAUACCUGCAAUUUUUUUUUAAAACUUUUGAAACUUAUGAGAAACUGAUUUUGCAAAUUGAUUUUUUAGAAUAAUGGUUUGCAACAUGCAACAGCAGGAAUGAUCCAAGGGAGCUUCAGUGUGGGCAAUGAGUUCUGAAAACCGAAAUGAAGACAAAUUACAAAGCACUAAAUAUUGUCGAUUCUGGCCAAAACUAGGAGUAAGCCUCUUUAUAACUCUGUUGGCGCUAGGAUUCUCCAUUGCAGCUCUGUCUAUUACUUUAAAUAUGAACCAAGAUAACAAGAUGAAGAAUGUUACACACAAUGUUAAUCUUAGCAAGGCUACGUUAGAAAACUUAAAGCAAAGAAUUAGUGACGAUUCGAAAGAAGAACAAACUUCUCACCAAACUCUAGAAAUACUAAACCCAAAAUUCGACGAUCACACAGAACAUAUACGAGGGUACCACACAGUAGAAAAUGCCGUCGUCAUUGAGCACUCUGGUUUAUACACAAUCUUCAGCCAGAUUACCUUAUUUUCUCAAGUACGCAAUAAUCAGACACAGUUUAUGUAUGUACAUCGUAUCUCGCCAAACAAACCUCAAAAUUCUGGUGUACUGUUGCGAGGCUCACUUAGUGGACGCCGUGAAGGACCUGAAACCGUCUACACAGGUGGAAUUUUCCUCCUGAACUCUGAAGAUCACAUUCAAAUUUGUCUAGGUUCUGACAUUAUCCUCCCUGUCGAUAGUGAUAGCUCAUUCGUGGGGCUCUUUAUGUUAGAGAGUAGGCCUUAGGUGCGAUAUUGUCAGUGGCGAAGCUAGGGUAUAUGAUGCCUAGUGUGGCAGCUCCUCAUGAUGACCCCCCCCCCUUUUUCCAACAUAAAAACGAAAUAAAACAGCUAAAAGACUUUUA